UCCAGCGUCUGGGUACAUUUUUGUGUGCCAAGCCAGGGCCAUCCUGGCCCUGGCAUGGUGUAUACGCCCUCCUGGCCGAGGCCAGGAGGGUCUAUACGCCGUCCUAGGGCCCAGCAUGGCCCUGGCCUACCGAGUCAUGGAUAAUCAUUAUGGAACUGGUCUGGUUCAAAGUUCUGACAGCACCAGAGUCGGUGAUCUCGCCCUUCGCCACUGCAGCAAGCCUCGGGUGCGCAGUGGAGUUCGUUCUUCCACUUGACAAACAUGGCGUUCGACCCCAAGAUGCUGAAGAAAAUGGGCGUCAAUGUUGAUACCUUCGGGGACAUGAACGCCUUUGGGGACCCAGCUUGGUACCAGGCCUUCAACAACCCUGGCUACUACAACGACACCCACAAGCAGCUCCGCGCCAGCGUCCGCGAGUUUGUGGAAGAGGAGAUCAUGGGCAACGUCCAUCAGUGGGACGAGGAGGGCCAGAUUCCGCCAGAGAUCUACCAAAAGAUCGCCAAGCUCGGACUGCUGCCCAUCUGCGCCGGGCGCCCAUGGCCAAAGGAGCACGUGGGCGAGUGCACGCUCGGCUACGAGCCGGACUACUUCCACGAGCUGAUCAUCUACGACGAGCUGGCGCGCUGCGGCUCCGGCGGCUUCAUGUGGGGCCUCGCCGGGGGCCUCUGCAUCGGCCUGCCGCCCGUGCUGAAGUGGGGAACGCCAGAGAUCAAGCGGAAGGUCAUCCCGAGCGUCUUCUCGGCCGAGAAGGUGAUCUGCCUGGCGAUCACCGAGCCCACGGCAGGCUCCGACGUCGCCAGCAUCCGGACCACCGCCGUCAAGGAGGGAGACCACUACCUCCUGAACGGCGAGAAGAAGUGGAUCACCAACGGCAUCUUUGCCGACUACUUCACCGUCGCCGUGCGGACGGGCUCCCAGAAGGACGGGAUGAAGGGCAUCAGCCUAUUGCUCGUCGAGAGGACGAUGCCCGGCGUCAACACGCGCAAGAUGAAGUGCAGCGGCGUAUGGUCCAGCGGUACCACGUACAUCACCUUCGAGGACGUGAAGGUCCCGGUGGAGAACCUCAUCGGCAAGGAAGGGGGCGGCUUCAAGAUGAUAAUGUCAAACUUCAACCAUGAGCGUUUUGCGAUCUGCGCGAUGACAAACAGGUUCUCCCGCGUGUGCAUGGAGGAGUCGCUGAAGUUCGCGGCGAAGCGCAAGACCUUCGGCAAAACUCUCAUACAGCACGACGUGAUCCGCUGGAAGCUGGCGGAGAUGGCCCGCAUGGUGGAGUCGACGCACGCGUGGCUCGAGGCGACCACCUUCCAGAUGCAGACCAUGCACAAGAUGGAGGCGACCCUGAAGCUCGGAGGCGUCACGGCGCUCCUGAAGGUCCAGUGCACCAAGGUCUUCGAGUACUGCGCCCGCGAGGCGGCGCAGAUCUUCGGCGGCCUCUCGUACACCCGCGGGGGCCAGGGCGAGAAGGUGGAGCGCCUCUCCCGCGAGGUGCGGGCCAUGGCCGUGCCAGGCGGCUCCGAGGAGGUCAUGCUGGACCUCGGCGUCCGGCAGAGCAGGAAGCUGGCAGAGAUGGCCCAGCAGAUCCUGGCAGGCCAGGCCCAGGCCCAGGCGAAGCUCUGAGCGCCGCCCAGCGGACCGCAGUAGGCCAAGCAGGUGCCCGCUCGUCUCUGACCGCGCGCGUGCCCAGUCGCGCAGCCCGUUUAUAUUCUGUGCGACGGGCUUCUCUGGCCAAAUUCUUUAACAUUUGAAGGCCAUGCCACAUGUUUUGUCUUCCAGGGCAAGCAGGUUGCUCCCACCGCUGCCCUCCUCGCACCGUCCUCUUUGGGGAGCCCACGUAGUCGUAAUAGAUUUCUGGCCUCAUGCGCGGCUCUUCUCUCUGUCUUUGUCUCUGUCUCUGUCUCUGUCUCUCUUUCUCCCUCUCUCUCUCUCUCUCUCCUCUUGGAGCAUUCCUCGCUUCCUCCAGGCACGUCUUCGCUGCGCUAGGGUGCGAGGGCACGCCCGCUGGCAGGCUUUGGCCGCGGCUGCGGUGGAUCCCUUGCCAGACUCGUGGCAGCAUCCCUCGUGUUUCUUCUCUCGUCCCAGGGGAUCGAAACCCUCCAAGACAAAGCGGUGGUUUUUGAUCCUCUGGGUUGUCACCCGGUCGGAACGGUUUUGUUCAAAUCACCGUCCCAAAGGCUGCCAGAGUUGUCGGCAUGGGCCGCGCCUGGAAAACACACUUCUAUGCGUUAUCCUUCCCCUCCCUCCUUCCCCUCCUGCUCUCCCACUCCUACUUCUCGUCAUCCUCCUCCUCCUCCUCCUCUUCCUCC